GAUUGAUGCACUUUUAAAAUCUAGAGAAUACAUAAACUUCGCAUAGAUAAACAAUAUUCAUCGGUUUAUGAUAACAAAGCUGUUUGGUUCAGCAUAUUAAAAUUAACGUACCCUAAGACUUUAUAUAAUUGUAUGCAAAAAAGAUAUCAUCAAUAAACAGUAUGGCGAAUAAAGAUUUAUUGAUCAGAUUAUUUCAUAAAUUAGAUACAAGUGGUGAUGGGGUUGUUUCACGUGAUGAAUUAUAUCAAGGAUUACGAAAUGCCGGGGUUUCCCCAACUGUUAUAGAGUCUUUAUUUCGCUAUAUUUGCAGCGAAUACUGAAUCGUCUGGAUUUAAACGGUGAUGGAAUGGUUACAUUUUCUGAAUAUGAAGAAGCUAUUGGAAUCAAUAACAAAGAAUGAUUUAGCUAUGUCUUGCUUAUCUCAUGUAUCAUUCCAAUAAAAAUAGAUAUGUACAAAAAUGUUGUAAAUGCUAUUCACUGUACUGUUUCAUUCAUGCACUGAGUAACAUUUCUCUGAUUUUUAUUUCAUGAAAAGAUAUAUCAUUCAUUCACCCGGUCACAUUACGGGAUAUAUCUUCAG